AUGUCUCUAUGUAUCAUACCCAAUAGUACGAAAGGAAUUAGUUGCAUCGCGUUCUCUAAUGCACUGAAUGUGCUCAUCUCGUCUGGCAUUGAUGCUCAGAUCGUUGUCUGGGAUUGCAAUAAGUGGGAGAAACAGAGAAGUGCAGUGCUGCAGAUUUCUCCAGAUUGGUCACCAACAGAAUUAUCAGAGACCAUCAUCCAAUUCCAUCAGGAUCAGAAACGCUUCCUGGCUGUACACGAGACGCAACUUUCAAUUUAUGAAGCUUGUACACUGCACUGUGUGAAGCAGUGGACGAUGAGGAACUUCUGCACCCGGAUAUGCCACGCAACAUUCUCUUGCAACAAUCAGUUUGUGUAUGCUGUGAUGAGAGAUGGAAUUGUAUUGAUACUCGAUGCUUCUCACCUCUGUCCCAGAUUUGAGAUUGAUCCAUCCACUUACAUCCCAUCUGAUAUCAGAUGGAAUGGGGUCCCCUUGGUGAUUGCUGCACAUCCUGGAAAGCCGAACCAGUUCGCUCUGGGUUUGAGUGAUGGCGGAGUGCUGGUGGUUGAGCCUCAAAAGUCUGAAGAUGAAUGGGUUGAUGACAACACCGAAAUAACAGCAAAGUUGUAGUAAUAGACUAAUAGGAUUAUAGGAAGAAGACACUGAGAAAUGAAGUUUUGGUAUUCGUUUAGAACCUCAAAAUGGGAUCCUGACUUGUCUGCGAGGUUUUACUUCAAUUUGGAAAAAAAAAAAAAAAAGGUUUUGAUUGCAUUCUACUUUCAAUA